AUGAUUGCCACAACGGUUUACAACUUUCUGGAGCCCUAUCUCCCCGCUCAGUUCGUCUAUGUGAUAUCGAUGGUCGUCUUCGCUUUUGAGAAAUUGUUCAUGCCCAAGUUCUACGAGGUAUAUUCGCACGCUAGUCUCGAUCCAAAGACGUUGGUCCCCUUCGUGAUUUCGGCGAUUGCGCUAUACUUAUCGAUAGUAUCGAUCUACCAUGCUUUCAAAACGGCUUUCCGGAUGAUCUGGUUCCUUAUCAAGUGGAGUGUCGUGAUCGUCAUUCUCUGGUUCAUCUUGGGCUUUUUGAACGAGGCGAAAGGGCAUUCUAAUGGUGGCAAUGGUGUCAGAAAUCCCUUUCAGAGCUAUCAAGACUCCGUCAUCUCGUGGUGGAAUGGUGCAGCUUGGAACCUAGUCAAUAUGGACCCGCAGAGCUUUCUGGGCCCUCUCCAAAUGAUGCUCGGCCCAAGCGCACUAUCUCUCUUCGAACCUAUGUUGAACCACUUCCAAUCUCAUAACCCAGGAACCAACCCCUUUCGUACUGGAAGCAAGCAUUCGACCUCUUCUUAUUCUUCAUUCAAGCCGUCAAAGCAACACAGCAACCCCCAAAACUCACGAACACGGCAGUCAAACGAAAACACCGAAAAACCCAAUGUACGCGAUUUCUUCCAGAAAUUUUGGACUCAAACGCCUUAA